AUGGAAACUGAAUUACAAGCCCUGACUAAGGGUAGCGAAAGUCCAGACUUGGAAUCCAGUAUUAACGAUGGUGAAAGAUCGGACCAUAACAGCAAUCUCAUGAAUUUCGUGAUAAACGAUGACGAUAAGGUUUUCAAUUUAUUAGUAGAUGAAUAUGUCACAGCUCCAAUAGAAUCAAUUACUAAUAUGAAUAUUCAACCCGGUGAAAGUGGCUUUUUGUUCUGGUUUUUAAUAUCAUCAUAUUUUCCCGUAAUUACAGCGUGUCUAGGACCUUUGGCAAACCUGUUUUCAGUACUUGCUUUAGUUCAAGAUUGGAGAUAUUCAAAGAAAAGCGGCGAGCUAGUUGAAGAUGCCGGAUACUUAAGAGCCAUUAACGCCUUAAGCCUAGUGUUCGCCUUAUGUGGAAAUAUUUCUUUACUUUUCAAUUUCACAAGAGGUUAUACUUAUUUAGUAACUCAAAAGAUAUCUAUCGUAUGUUGGCUCAUUGCUAGUAUUUUAAUAUUGGUUAUUGUUAUUGAGGUUAAUAAAUUCUGUGUUGGAACUGAUCCCUUAUUUUAUCGUUCUGAGGGGUUUUGGUUAGGGGUACAUACCACUCUAUUUUAUUUCUGCUGUUCAAUGUUUUUAAUUAUCAAUUAUUCUGGAUACAUGUUAAAAAAGUACCCUCCCAUGUUCAAUUUGACAUCUUCCCAAAGGACAUUAAUGGCCUUCACUAUCGUCCUCUCUAUUUGGCUAGUAAUUGGAAGUUUGGUGAAUGAGAGAUUAAUUAGGCAUCUCACUCAAGGUUCAGCUCUAUAUUACUGCACCACGUCAAUUUUAACUAUAGGUCUUGGAGAUAUAACUCCCAAAUCAACUGGGGCCAAGAUUUUCAUUUUGGUUUACUCACUUGUUGGCGUUCUUUUGAUGGGCCUCAUAAUCACUAUGAUUACACGCGUGGCAAUGUUAUCUUCAGAUAAAAUAAUUCGGUGGCAUAAUACUGAAAAAAGAAGCUCUCUGAAGAUAGUUCACGCAAAAAAUAAGGGUUAUGAAUUUACUCCGAAGGAAUCUUUUGCAGUGAUGAGGAGAAUAAACCGUAAAGUCAAAGCCACACAAAGCAUUUCUUCUAUUGCUAUAACAAUUUUUACAUUUGCAGCUUACGUAUUUAUAGGAACUAGCGUUUUUUAUGCUUCUGAAGGCUGGGACUACUUUGAUGCUUUCUAUUUUUGCUUUCUUUGCCUUAUAACUAUUGGUUAUGGUGAUUUUCAUCCAAUUUCUCCGUUUGGAAGAAUUUUUUUUGUUUCUUGGACAUUUUUUGCUGUUCCUUUAAUGACGAUCUUGAUUUCAGAUUUAGGGGAUCAAAUAUUCAAUAUUUCAAUGAAUGUUAACAAAUCUACCAAAAGUUUGUUCAUAAAGAGCGAAGAUGAAGAAGACCUGAAAAGCAAAUUACUUCAAGAACUUUACGACAAAAUGUCCCUCGACCAUCAAAUAGAAAAUGUUUCAAAAGCUAGCUCUUUGGUCCGCGAUAUUGAUGAAUUGACUUUUAUUCAAAACAAUGCAUGUCGAGUCAAGUUGAUGGAUAACUUAAUUAAAUCACUAGAGCGAUGGAACGACAUUCCACAGGAUACUGCCGGCGAUGUUCGUAUAAAGAAAGCUGAAUUGCUCGAAUUAAAUACAAAUUUGGUGGAUCUAAUAAUAUUUCAAAUAAGGAGUACCCAACAUCUUACAAUUUGCUUCAAUCAUUUGGUAAAAUAUUAUAUAGACUCCAUGAAAGGUGAAUCAAAGACAUAUAACAAUGAGGAAUGGUCUAAAUUUGGUAGGUUCCUUCUCGGGAUUACAGAUAAUAUGCCACGUUCUUCCGUCGUCGAAAUUACAAGCAAGCUAGGCGAUUACUACUGGCUAGAUAAAAAUUCGCCCUUAAGACUUCCUUUAAUUGAAACCAAAUUUUUUCUUCUCAAAACUAUAGGAAAAACUGAGGAAGAUAUCCGCAGAAUGUCGCAAGUGAAUGUUGCGAUAUUGGACAAGUUAAGCUCGUCUUCAAUAUGCCCUUCGUCUACUUCGGCUGUCACCCUGUGA